UGGUGUGCAUUUCUUUAAUGGCUAAUGAUGGUGAGCAUUUCUUCAUGUAUCUGUUAGCUACCUGAAUGACUUUUUUAGUGAAGUGUCUAUUCAUAUCUUUUGCCCAUUUUUUAAUUGGGUUAUUUGUCUUUUUGCAGUUGAGUUUUUGCAGUGUCGUGUAGAUUUUAGAGAUCAGACGGUGAUUGGAAAUGUCAUAGCUAAAAACCUCUUCCCAGUCUGUAGGUAAUCUUUUUACUCUUUUGGUGAAGUCUUUGGAUGAGCAUAGGUGUUUGAUUUUUAGGAACUCCCGGUUAUCUACUUUUUCUUACGCAUUGUUAGUAAUGUUUUGUAUACCGUUUAUGCCAUGUAUUAGGGCUCCUAAUGUCCGUAUUUUUUCUUCCAUGAUCAUUAUCAUUUUAGAUUUUAGAUUUAGGUCUUUGAUCCAUUUUGAGUUAGUUUUUGUGCAUGGUGUGGGUAUGGGUCUUGUUUCAUUUUUUUGUGGAUGGAUAUCCAGUUAUGCCAGCACCACUUGUUAAAAAGACUGUCUUUCCCCAUUUAACUGCUUUGGGGCCUUUGUCAAAUAUCAACUGCUCAUUUGUGGAUGGAUUUAUGUCUGGAUUGUCAAUUCUGUUCCAUCAGUCUAUAUAUCUGUUGUUGUACCAACACCAGCUGUUUUGACUACUGUGGCAGUAUAAUAGGUUCUAAAAUCAGGUAGAGUGAGGCUUCCUACUCUGUUCUUUUUCAGUAAUGGCAGGCCAUGGUAUUUUUUAAUCACCUCAUGUGCAUGUGAAAGCUGGACAGUGAAUAAGAAAGACUGAGGAAGAAUUGAUGCUUUUGAAUUACGAUGUUGGCAAAGAAUACUGAAUGUACCAUGGGCUGCUAGAAGAGUGAACAAAUCUGUCUUGGAAGAUGUACAGCCAGAAUGCUCCUUAGAAGCAAGGAUUGAGAAACUUCGUCUCAGAUACUUUGGACAUGUUACCAGGAGAGACCAGUCCCUGGAGAGGGACAUCAUGCUUGUUAAAGUGGAAGGUCAGCGAAAAAGAGGAAGACCUUUCAUGAGCUGGAUUGACACAGUGGCAGCAACAGUUGUCUCAAACGUAGCAUCGGCUGUGAUGAUGGUGCAGGAUUGGGUGAGGGAGUUCAACGGUCAGCAUUUUAUUUUGGAGGAAGCAAUUACAGGGGAUUUUGCUUUGGUGAAAGCCUGGAAGGCAGAUCGAGCAGGAAACGUGAUCUUCAGGAAAAGUGCGAGGAAUUUCAACUUCCCCAUGUGCAAAGCUGCAGAAACCACAGUGGUAGAGGUUGAAGAAAUUGUGGAUAUUGGAUCAUUUGCCCCAGAAGACAUCCAUAUUCCUAAGAUUUAUGUACACCGCCUUAUAAAGGGAGAAGCGUAUGAGAAAAGAAUUGAGCGCCUAUCUAUCCGGAAAGAGGAAGGUGGAAAAACCAAAUCUGAUAAACCUGGAGAUAGCACAAGAGAACGUAUCAUCAAGCGGGCAGCUCUUGAAUUUGAAGACGGCAUGUAUGCUAAUUUGGGCAUAGGAAUCCCUCUCCUGGCCAGCAACUUUAUCAGUCCAAAUAUAACUGUUCAUCUUCAAAGUGAAAAUGGAGUCCUGGGUUUGGGUCCAUAUCCAUUAAAAGAUGAAGUUGAUGCAGACCUAAUCAAUGCAGGCAAGGAAACAGUUACUGUUCUUCCAGGAGCCUCUUAUUUCUCCAGCGAUGAAUCAUUUGCAAUGAUUAGAGGGGGACAUGUUGAUCUAACAAUGCUAGGAGCGAUGCAGGUUUCCAAGUAUGGUGACCUGGCUAACUGGAUGAUACCUGGAAAGCUGGUGAAAGGAAUGGGAGGUGCAAUGGAUUUAGUGUCCAGUGCCAAAACCAAAGUCGUGGUUACCAUGGAGCAUUCUGCAAAGGGAAAUGCACAUAAAAUCAUGGAGAAAUGUACAUUACCUCUGACUGGAAAACAAUGUGUCAACCGCAUCAUUACCGAAAAGGCUGUGUUUGACGUGGACAAGAAGAAAGGGCUGACUCUGAUUGAACUCUGGGAAGGCCUGACAGUGGAUGACAUAAAAAAGAGCACUGGGUGUGACUUUGCAGUUUCACCAAAGCUCAUGCCAAUGCAGCAGAUUGCAGCUUGAAAUGUAGAACAGACAUUUGUCCAAGGAUAUGUGUGUGUGUGUGUUUUCGGUUUAACCACAUAGGAUUUAAUUGAAAGGAAGUCAGUUAUCACAUUUGUCUACUUAAUAAGCUGUUUUUGACUAGUUGUUGUCUAGUAUCUCAGGCUUUAUGUAGCUAUAUAGGCUUUGUUCUCUCAAAUGUGCUGUGGGCCUUAUUAAGGGAAGACAAAAGGGAAACAUAUAUGAUUAUCUUGUUUGUUUUAUAAGCGUUGUUGAGAAGGCUGUCUUUGCAGUUGGUGCUCACACUGGGUGUGUUUUCACCUUCUGUGAUAUGUUUGUUAAAUUAUGUGCAGUUUUAUCAAGAUGGUUCCUUAGAAGGACUUUGGUUGACAAUACUUUCUCUCAUAGCUAAAUUGUGUAGAAAAAAAAAAUAAAGAGGGAGAAAAAUAAUCCCACUCAGAGGAUACCCAAGAUAGCAUUUUACUAGUACUACAAGAAAGAUACAUACACUUAAAUUUGUAAUUGGAAGAAAUCCUAUCUUUAAAGAUUAUUUAUUUCUUCAUCCUCUGCUGACUUUUCUUUUGGGGUUGCUUUUGUGAUUAAAUCUUAUUUUCCUAGAGCAUCCACCCCCUCUCAUACUUUUUAUAUCUAAAUAGAUGUCCCAAGAAGGAAAGCAUACCGUCUCUGGGCAGGAGAAGUAACUGUUAGUAGGAGAGACCGAAGGGUAUAGGAUCUAUUGCUGCUGACAUUCACCAAGAAGCUGCCUUUAUAAACAAAACAAACAAACCAUCUGUACUUUGCCCAAGACUAAAGCUUAUUAUAGGAAGAGGGCUAAAAACCUAACUGAUCUACUCAGCUUUUUGUUUGUUUUUUUCUUUUUUCAUUUUAAAACAUUGUAGUAUUCCUGUGUGUCCAGAAGUUUCCUUAAGAGUCUUUCUCUAUGUUAUUGUGGCCCAGUUGGCUACUUGUACAAUACCUCUUUUUAAGCCAAGAGAAACUGUGGGGGUAAUUUACCACAAAUCCAUAGACACAAAGACAGUAGAGUUAAAAUAAAUAAAUAAGGAUUUUUUUCCAGGCUGUCUUAUUUCUACUCAGAGAAGACUCUAUCGAAUUACUUUUUCUAGAGAGCAUUAUGGUUUUUCUUCUGCCAAGGCUACUUUCUUUAACAAAGUGCUUUAAAAUUCAGCCUUAUCCAAAUAGGAGAAAUAAUGAGGAGCAAAUCCAGGUUUUGAAGAGUUAAUGAACUUUCAGUCUUGAGGAAUAAACAUGGUGAAGUAGGUUUUAUAAGGAACUUUUCCUAAGAAGGUAUCCUCAGUACCAGACAGUUGCCUUAGAAGCAUCCUGGGUAUUAUAAUAAAAAUUGAAAAAUAUAGAUAAAAUAAUCAGUAAAAUUUUGAUAAUUUUUGAAGCUGGGCUGAUGGGUUCGUGAAAGUUCAUUAUACCAUUCACUUUAGUAGUAAAUUUUUCAUAUUAAAAAGGUUUUCAAAGGAAAGUUAGAAAUGCAAUAUCUAUUGUAGUACCUUUGUAAUAACUGCAAUUCUGAAUAAGGAAAAUUAGUGACAGUUUCUUGGAUUUUGAAUAAGAAAUUUAGUGAAGAAGAACUGCAGUGUCAAUGGAGGAGAAAAUGUGAUGAAGGGUCUUUAAAAUCAAGGCUCCUUUUAUCCUUCUAGUCACUAAUGCAAAUUUCAGUGCUAAUUAGGAGAAUAAAAAUAAAUGCAAAAAGCAUGUAAAGAUAUUCAGCAUCACUAACCAUCAGGAAAAGGCAAAUUAAAACCACAAUGAGAUACCACUAUAUACUUAUCAAGGUGGCUAAAAUUUAAAAAAACAAAACAGUGACAACUUCAAAUGCUGGCAAGGAUGCAGAGAAACUAAAUCACCCAUACACUGCCGUGGGAAUGUAAAAUGGCAUGUUGUUGUUGUUAGUUGCCUUUGAGUCAAUUUCGACUCAUUGUGACCCCGUGUAGAGUAGAAUGUUCCAUAGAUUUUGUUUUUAGAUAAUUUUUUAUCGUGUUUAAGGUGAAAGUUUACACCACAAAUUAGAUUCCCGUUAAACAGUUUCUUCACAGAUUAUUCAGCGAUGUUGAUUACAUUUUUCACAAUGUGUCAUCAUUCUGUUCUGGUUGUACCAUUUCCAGUACUCUGGUUUCCCUGCCCCGUACCUUCUUAUCUUUGCUUUAGAGUAAUUUUUGACCAUUUUUUAAAGAAGCUCAUUACUCCUGGGUUAUGAACCAGCCUGUCUAAAAGGUAACCUCAGGGGAUAAUUUUAAACUUUAAAGAGUGUCUCAGGGUGUCCUCUAGUUUCAGUUGGCCCCGUAAUUCUGGACUUUUUAAGAAUUUGAGUUCUGUUUCACAUUUUUCUCGCAUUCUAUCAGGAUCCAUCUAUUGUGGCCCUGAUUAGAACAGCCAGUAAUGGUAGCCUAGCCAGAUAACAUCUAGUUCUUCUGGUCUCAGGGUAAAUGAGGCCGUGGUUCCUGUACAUUUUUAAUCCUGUGGAGUUUCUUCUCUGAGUCUUUGGUUUCCUUCUCUCUUGUUCUGGACAAGUGGAAAUCAAUGCUCGUAUCUUAGAUGGCCACUUGCAAGCUUUUAAGACCCAGACACUACUCACCACUUUGAGAUGUUAUGCCCCUUAAUUGAGCUGUUUCACAAGACUAUGGUCCUAAGCCUUCAAACCCAGAAGACCAAUCUUGUGAGGUGUUUUACCGUGUCUCGUCCAUGAGGUUUUUAAGGGUGUGACCUUUUGAAAGCAGAUAGCCAGGCUGUCUUCUGAGGCGUUUUCUGGGUGGAUUCGAACAGCCAACCUUUUGGCUAGUAGUCAAGUGCUAACCUGUUUUCACCACUCAGGGAGUCCAUAAAAUGGCAUAACACUCUGGAAAACAGUUUCUUAUAAAACCAAAUAGGCAAUUACCAUACAGCCCACCUGUUGCACUCUUGGGCAUUUAUCACAGAGAAAUGAAAACUUAUGUUCAUACAAAGACCUAGACACAACUGUUAGUAGCAGCUUGAUUCAUAAAAGCAAAAACUGGAAGCAACCGAGACGUCUGUGGUUAAACAAACUGUGGUACAUCCACAGCAUGGAAAACUACUCAGCGAUCAGAAAGGAAUGAACUAUCGAUACACACAAUGAUGAGGGUGAAUAUUCAGGGAAGUAUACUGAGUGAAAAAAGCCAGUCCCCAAAGGUGGCAUACUGUAUGAUUUCAUUUGUAUAAUUUUUGAAAUGACAAAAUUUUAGAAAUGGUUGCCAGGGAUUAGGGACCUGGGAGGAGAAGUGUGAAGGGAGGUAGGUGUGGUUAUAAAAGGGCCACAUGAAUGGUCUUUUUGGUGAAGGAACUGUUCUAUAUUUUAACUGAGGUGGUAGGUAUAUGAAAGUUCACACAAAAUUUGUGUAGAACUAAAUACACAAAUGAACACAAGUAAAGCUGGGAAAAUCUGAACAAAAUCAGUGGGUGGUAUCUACAUCAUUAACAUGGCUGUGAUAUGGUAUUAUACUAUGGUUUUGCAAGAUGAUAACAUUGUGGGAAAUAGGUGCAGGGUACAUGGGAUCUCUAUUAUUUCUUAUAUAACUGCAUGUGAAUCUACAAUUAUCUCAAUAAAAAUUUCAAUUAAAAAAUAAGUGCAAAAAUAACUAAAAUUUCAAAGAUUGGUGGCUCUUUUAACCUCUGCUCAAAACCUUCUUUGUGGAUAUUCCUGGCUUUUUUGUUCUUGGAAUAAAAAUAAGAUUGUAAGCUUCCUACUAAUGAUAGGAAGUAGUCAUUUACAUUGUUUUACCGGGAUUGCCACUCACCAGCCGGAUGACUUCGAGCAAGUUUCUUAACCUCACUGCAUCUGUUUUCCAAUAUGUGAAUGGAUAUAAUGCUUUCAUGAAAAGGCCGUUGUAAAGAUUUAAAGUUGUAUCUCAAGUACCUAAUAUAUAGUAGCCACUUAAAAAUUUCCGCUUCACUUCGGAGAUCAGUUUUCCAUUUAUAGAUUUUCUAGGAUCCUUGAUUUUCUAUCUUUUCCUCCUUUGGGAUUUUUCUUAUGUGUUCAUGUGUCCCCUGGAACAUAAAUAAUAAUGAUAUAUAGUAAAAUCUCUGGUUAAGGGGGAAAAAAAAUUGGGGGAGAUAAAACUAAUGACCAAAAAGAGAUAUUGGAUUAUCUGUGGUUUUUAAUUAUCUGUUCUGUUCUGGCCAAGUAUAUAUACUGUAGGAGAUCAAGAAUUAAUGCCACUGGAGUUAAUGGAAAUUUAAAAUGAUGAACAAUUACACCAGUAAAGAUGAAUGUAAAUCCUCAUGGUGGUUUCUCAUCGCUUCUCAUUUAUCACCAAGGACAUGUGUAGAAGUACUCAGUGAGAGCCUGUACUGGCCUUGUAAUGGGAAGUUAUAAAAACCAGCAUUGCACUACCAGUAAUUAUGUGCAGAUCCAGGUCCAUCUAAUUCUGUGAAGCAGUAAGCAUUUUCAAAGGUAUAAUGAUAAAAAUUACCCUCUUAAAAAGCAAGCCAGGAAUUUUCUGUUCCCUUUUUGAUGGUGGUGUAGAUUGUUAUAGAUAAAACUGGCCAUAGAAAGCCACCAAGAAAGCUGAAUAAGAGACCAUUUUGCCCCCCACCCCCCAAAUGCUUGAAGGCAUCAAAGAGCAUACAGUGCGGCUGAAUCUUCCUGGGGCAGAAAUGAAGCACAUAGAGGUUGGUCUGAUAUUCUUAAACCUGACAUUACAUGUGUUAUAGGGGGGAAAAAAUCACAAAGUUUAGUAAAGCAAAAAGAAAGAUUUAUUCAGUAUAUGUUAAAAGAGGCAAAGGUAGGGAAAUGGACAAGCAGGCUGCUAAAGCCAUGUCUGCCCGAGCCCAAGGAAUGUUACAGAAUCAGUAUAAAUAUUACAUACGGGCAAAACCAGUGACAGCUUCACCUUUUCACAGAUUGGCUAGAAACUGUGAUCCUACAUUUUGAAUUGUCUUUCUUAACAACCAUUGGUACAAGUUUCAGUAAUGACAGGAGGGUCCAACAAAAUUGCUAUUCACUAAAUGCUAACAGAAAAAGAUAAGAGUGGAAAGUCUUUUUUGUUGUUUGAAUGGUUUAUGUGAAAGUUUCCCUAAAACAUAAUUUCCAAAAUUAUCCUUUUAUUGUCUUUAUAGGAAACCCUGGUGACGUAGUGGUUAAGUGCUAUGGCUGCUAACCAAACGGUCGGCAGUUCGAAUCUGCCAGGAGCUCCUUGGAAACUCUAUGGGGGCAGUUCUACUCUGUCCCAUAGGGUCGCUAUGAGUUGGAACCAUCUCGACAGCACUGGGUUUGGUUUUGGUAUUGUCUUUAUAACUCGGGCCUAGUUGAUGUGUCCUCGUGAGUCCUUAUGAAUUCAGCUCCAUUUGGGUCACAUUCUCUGUGCUCAAGGACAGGGAAUAAUGAGUCCAAUAUUAUUUCCUAAAUCACUCCCUCCUGUUGAUUGGAAAUUGGAAAUAACACAUGGAUGGUCUAUACCUGGACUUAGUCAAAAUCCUAGAUGGUGACAAUGGCAGGUUCUUUAAACUCACGGUGCUGAUCUCCCACCAGAUACCAUCAGAUUCUUUGCCAGGAUCUUAAGAGCAAUGUUUUCAUCAAUCGCAUUGCUGAAGUGAGCGGUCUCAAUGUACAUCAACAUUUUAGCCUGAGGAUUUUGCCUUUUUAAGUGUGUAAGACAAUAGAAGAUAAGUUUUAUUAUGGCUAAUAUUAUCAGGAUGCAGAUUAAGAAUAUUCUUGCCCGUGUGCUUAUUCCUGAUGGUAACCAACCAAACCUAGUGUUCGUAAGAGUGUUAAAGUGUGUAACCAAGUAGCUUGCUGUUUAAUUCUAUGUAUACCCUGUUCUACUCCUAUGUUAAUUUUAUUCAAAUGCAACAAGAGGCAUUUGCUACAGCACAGAUUACACUUUCUUGGGCUAAUAAAAAAUCUAAGGCUAUUCUGUUAUGUAACCCUGGCCUAAUGAGGUCAGAGAUUGCUGUUGUGUCCCAUUAGCAACUUCAUCUGCUGUUUCACUCGUAGUGGUUGAUAAAUUUCUUCAAGACUUCUCCAAUUCAACUAUACCGUAAGUAGGAAUUACAGCUGUUAGAAAUGACCAACCCCACCCUGAGUGUUGGACCAAUGGGCUUUCUUCUGACUCUUGUUUUACAAAGUAACAUUACCUUUCCAGUAUUUACUAGCAUUGUUACUAUGAAUAUCUAAAGGUAUUCCUAAGGUUCCCAACAUGCGUUGCCCAUACAUUCAUCACGAUUCUAAAUGAGAUUGCCCAUGUAAAUUUACUGUCAGUCGGAAAGGGAUCAUCUAAACUAGUGUAGUUGGAUCCACGAUACAAAAAUAUAUAUCCAUAAAGAGCACACAUAGUUUAUCUAGAGGAAACAGAAGGUAUAGAAAAAUUUACAUGUGACAACCCAGUUUCCAUUAAAGACUACAUGAUUAGCAAGAUAAUACAGAUAGACCUCUCCUGUUGGAGGUCUUCAGUUAAUCUCUUUAAAACAUACUAAGUACCCCUCCUUGGUUUACCUGUUAUCAGUCAUGGGUCACUUUCUCAGAAGCAGAAGUGGAGUCUAAGACAAAGUGGAGUCUGAGCCAUGAGGUCGAUCUCUUCUGAGAACCUAAGGUUUCUUUAAGAUACAUAAAUUUCUGCAUAGUAAGAAGGUGAGAGUUUGAUCACAAAUAUUAGACAGAUACUUCAUAACGAUAGUGUCUUGAAGACUAAUUGAACUGAUUAACUGACUUACCUUAAACAUAGCUCUCAGUCUGAUCUUUGGAGUCAGUUUCCCAAAACAGACUGAAUUCUUGAAAAAAGCACAAUGCCCAGAGCAAAAUGGUCUUACUAGUUUAUCUAGACCAUUGUUUGACUCAAAAGUGGCUUCAGGAACCAGUUUUUCUCAAAGGUCGGGGUUGAAAGGACACCCUAAGGCAGUAGCCUGUGUGGGUUAACCUAACCUCCAUGAAAGCCAGAAAUCUGGAUGCCAGGAGAAUUACAACUCUCAUGGUUCUUUCCUUUGAAUCAUGAUCUUGCUGUAGAAUCUUUGAGCAAAAGUGCUCAAUAAAUGGUAAUUGAGCACCAUCUGGUUUUUAAGAUCGCAGGCACCAUACAGCGACUGGAAAGUAGAAUAGAAACAGUAACAAUAAUAUUAGGCCAAUUGUCUGGAAUAACCAAUGAAACCAUGACCCUAAGGUCUUUAAACCAAGGAAACAAAUCCCGUGAGGUGUUCGUUUAUGCAUGAGCAGCAUCAGUAACUUUUCAUGUGCCUCAGCAGCAACUAUGUUCUCAAAACCUCAGAUUGCAUAUUAAAUAUAACAACAUCUAUCUAUUAAGGCAUGCUCAAUUUUGUAAAAUCAUAGCUUAAAUUUGAGACUCUGGUUAUGAUAUUUACAACUUUGCCAAGUUUACCAAUAGGAACUUCUAAUUCAAUAGGUAAAAUAUCUAAACCCAUCAGUUAAAUAACCUAGGAAAAAGGAAAAAUGUCUUCUUAUGUCCAGAAAGUAGGACCUUAAAUCAUCAGCAAUAUUCCCACAUAAAACCCCAUAGUAUCCUUUAGUUUACUCAGUCUUAUGUAGUUAAUUUCUGUUCCACAUGAAUCUGGAUCAGCCGAAGCCUGUGAACCCAUCAGCUUCUGCAUACGAGGUCUGGAAAUCUUGAUUCAGUCUAGUCACAGUCUUUUUCACAAGUCCAAUAGAGUCUGUCUUUUGGUUGAGAUAUUGUGGUUAAAUGUUUAUUUUCAACAAAUCAGCAAAGUAAAAACUUAUCUUCAGAUGAUAAAACAAUAUGGCUAUGAUUAAUUUAUAAAAACAAUACUCUUCACAAAAAUAUUUUUUUAAUAUAAGGAUUAACCUAAUUUUUUAAAGAGUUUCAGAUAUUUAAAACACCCACUGCUGUCAAAUUGAUUCCGACUAUAGUGGCCCAAUAAGACAGAGUAAAACUGUCCCAUAGAGUUUCCAAGGAGUGCCUGGUGGAUUUGAACUGCUAGCCUUUUGGUUAGCAGCUGUAGCUCUUAACCACUGCACCACCAGAGUUUCUUAAUAAUCUUGAAACAUAAUACUAUACGGUCAGGAUAUACCAAGAAUUUACUGAGAUUAUCAAGUAUCUAAACACCUGAAUAGUGAAAAAAACUUCAUAGGUAAAUGAUGUGAGUUCCCCAAUGAAACAAUUGGCUUUGAUGAUGCUGGAUUCAAAAAAAUAAAGUUGCAGCCAAGUUAGCAAUUAAGAAAUAUGAUAAAAUUUUAGCAUAAUAUUAUGUGUGUAUAUUGUCUAAUAGGCAAAAAUGUAACAGGAAAUACAUAUAAAUUUUAAUCCAAAGAGAAUCAGGCACUUGAUUUUGAUAACACAUCCAUAAUUUAUAACGUGUUAAACUUUUUAGCACUUUUCCUUUAUAAAAAUUUUGGCUUUCCAUGAAGUUUCAAAGUUGUCAGGAAUUGAUUUUAGGUCGCUGGGAGAACAAUAUUUAAGGUAUUUAACCAAAGAUCUUAAAGGUAAAACUUAGCUUUUUUUUUUUUUUUUUCACAUUCUCUGUGCUCAAAGAUGGGGAGUAAUGAUUCCAAUAUUAUUUUCUAAAUCACAUGUCAUCUUUCCCCUUGAGGCAUUUGCUAAUUCAUAAGAUAUGUGGGGCCAACAAGCUAAGAAAAUAAAGUGGCAGCUAAGAGUCUGAAAAGUUUAGAAAAAGUUAAACUGUCGUAUGAGUUGGGAAGACAAAAAUUAGAGAUCAGUGUCAGCCAAGGAGGAGGGGCCCUAGCAAACACCUUAGAAUUCCAAUUAGUUCCUGUCUUAGUUAUCUAGUGCUGCUAUAACAGAAAUACAAGUGGAUGAUUUAACAAAGAGAAAUUUGUUCUCUCACAGUCUGGGAGGCUAGAAGUCCGAAUUCAGGGCACCAGCUCCACAGGAGCUGUCUGUUGGCUAGGGAGGAAGGUCUUUGUCAUCAGUAUUCCCCUGGUCUAGGAGCUUCUUAGGCACAGGGAUCCCAGGUCCAAAGAACGCGCUCUGCUCCCAGCACUGCUUUCUUGGUGGUAUGAGGUCCCCCUGUCUGUCUAGUUGCUUCUCUCUUUUAUAUCUCAAGAGAUUGUCUCAAGAUACAACUUAAUCCUGUAGAUUGUGUCCUGCCUCAUUAACAUAACUGCCUCUAAUCAAUCCUGCCAUAUUAACAUCACAGAGGCAGGAUUCACAACACACAGGAAAAUCACAUCUGAUGACUAAAUGGUGGAUAAUCACAUGAUACUGGGAAUCAUGGCCUACCCAAGUUAAUACACAUUUUUAGAGGGCACAAUUCAAUCCUAACAGUUCUGAAGAAGGGCUAUACCUCAGAAGUAAGGAAGGGUAAACCAGAAAUAGGCAGAUCUUUAUAAAGACAAAAUUCAAUUUUCAAAACAUCUCAGUCCCUUACUGAAAUAAGGUAACAUCCCACUAUCUGAUUACCUAACAGAAAAAUAAACCUCAAGAGGACCUCAGAAAGAACCUCAAUUUUUUACACAUAGGUGGUUCAGAUGCUGGGAUUAUCAGCCACAGACUUUUUUUAAAAAGUGGAUAUGUUCAAGAAUACAGAUGUGAGCUGGAGAAUUUCAUCAGAGAAUCAUAUAUAUAAUCAGAAAAUUUUUAUAUACACAAUCAAAUGAAAAUUUGAACAUAGUAAAUUGAAAUUAAGAACUCAAUAGAUUAGUAUAAGAACAGAGGAGACAGUGAAAAGAAUUAGUAAAUGAUAUAAGACAAUAUAAAAUGUACAGACUGAAGCACAGAAAGAAUAAGAGGAUAAAAAUACAGAAAAUAGUGUAAGAAACAUGGAACAUGACAAAUGUUCUAAUUUCUGUGAAAAAAAUAUUAGAAAAGAGAAAAUGGAGCUAAGUUUUUAGUGGGUAAAUACCAAGAAUUUUGCAAGAUUGACAAAAGAAUUUAAACUGUAGAUUCAAGAAGCACCACUAAACCUUCAAUCCUGUUGCCUUUGACCCACCAUAUAGGACAGAGUAGAACUGCCCCACAGGGUUUCCGAGGAGUAGCUGGUGGAUUUGAACUGUUGACCUUUUGGUUAGCAGCCAAGCUCUUAGCCAUUGUGCCACCAAACCAUAAACAGGAUUAAAAACAAAAACCUUGGCAUAUCAGCAGCAAAUUAUUAAAAGCCAAAGACAAAGAGAAACCUCAAAAGAAGCCAGAGAGGGGGGAAACAUGUUAAUUUUAAAGGAGAAAAGAUAAAAUUGCAGAGCUGAUUAUUUAAAACAAAAACAAACAAACAAAAAAACAAAACAAUGGAAGCCAAGAAAGGGAUGACUUUUUUACGUGCCAAAAGAAAAAAAUUGUUAAUCUAGAAUUCUUCAACCAAUGAAAAUACCCUCAGAGGUGGGGCCAAGAAGGUGGAGUAGUCAGAUGCUUCUGGUGAUCCCUCUUACAACAAAGACCCGAGAAAACAAGUGAAACAAUUAUACAUAUGACAGACUAGGACCCCUGAACAUCAAAGGCAAAGUUAGGAAAUUGGACUGAGUGGCAAGGAGAGGGAGAGAUGGUUCAGAUGUGGCAAGGUGUUGCCAGACCUGACUCAGCAGGAACCAGCACCCCCCAGGCACGAUCCCUUGGAGUGACCAUGGCGGGGCUGGCAGUAGCAUUCUGGAUGCAGUUUCCUCAGGGAGAGACAGUAAGCUGCACAGUCUACUCGCACCUCUGGAACCAGAGAAGAACAGCACUCUCGGCAAAAGCUAAGGACUUGCAUUUAUUUUACCAUGCCCCCAGCCCCCAAGCUGGCUUCAGUGACUGUCAAUUUCCCUGGGCCUGAGAUAGGUCCUGCUGUGCACUCUGAGCCAUUCUCCUGGCAUUGGAGAAGGAAUAAACUAACAAUUGAGGGAAAAGAUAAUCUGCCAGCUCCUCUAAGCUAGGGAGCUCAGGACAGAACCGGCUCCUCUCCAGGCACAAACGGUCAGUGGACUUUGAAUACAUUUCACCCCAUAUGGUCCUGUGUGGGCCCAUUUCAGGAGAUUAGGCCCUUGUUACUGCGACAGUGUAUGUGCUUGAGAUCUGACUUCAACUGUUUCAGCUGUGUGGUUGAGAGGUGGGUUUUUGAUAUUUGACGCCGCUUUCCUAUUAAACAGGGUCUUUUUUCACCUACCCACAUCAGGGGCCUGAAGACUAGUGGCUCCACCCAUGUCACCUAGCCACCUGUGUGUGACAGGGCUUCAAGGAUAAGUGCUGCCUCCCAGGCCUUACA